UCUAUGGUGGUCCGGCAGUGGGGGCUCCGGGUUCAUUACUGUCAUUCGAAAACGAAGACCAUUUCUCCCUGAAAUCAGUUUGGUACUGUCGCUGCAUUUUAACCGUCGAGACCGAGAACUACCUGCUGCUUGGAAAUCAAAGGGACAUUAAAUUGAAAUACUCUUCGCUUAUAUUCUCAAGAGCUAACUACCGUUCAAGUUUCUCCACUUUGGAUCCCCGAGAAAAGUAAAGUAUUCAAAACAUGGCCGAGGCCCUCUUUACAUCGUACGAGGUCAUACACAAAGAGCCUCGAAAUAUGGCGUCGGAGCUUCUUGGGUCCGCCAAAAAGGCGGAGGCAAGCGUCAGGAAAUCCAUCAGGAACUAUUAUACCAUUAGCCAAGAAAGAGUUCGAGAGGGCGUCGAUUCUGCCAGGGAGUUCGCAAAUCAAGAAAACUGCCUCGGGUGUCUAUUUACUUGGCGGAAAAAUUCUCGCUCUGCAGAGGAAGACGAAGAGCCUCACGAAACUUCCAAGUUAUUGCCCACCUCGGCGAGCGAGUCUUACUCGGCAUGCAGUCGUUCGGAGAGUGUGGAAGAGAAGGAACCAGGGAAGAGUAAACUCAAACGCACAGCCAAGGAAGUGACGGAAAAGUUGACUGGUGGCUUGCGCACUGCCGGGGUGUGGAUUGUGAAAGGGCUGCAAGGAUACGCAGAGGCUGUACAUCCAACUGGAUAUCGUUUUACCCACGACACUGUCACGUAUCCUUACAUUUCCUAAGAUUUCCAAUGUAAUUUAAGAUUUCCAAUUAGUCUUAAGGUUCAGCAGUUCUAAACUGCAACUGGAUAUGCAGAAGAUUUCACUUGAAUCUCAUGUACCUUGGUUUCACACAAUCUCGAUUUUCUAACAAGUUUGAACUCUUAAACUGGUAUUUUAUGUAUUGCUUUUUAAUUUUUCGUAUCGUUGCUAAUUUUAACAGAUUUAAUUUUGUAUAUUUUUUAAAGCAUGUGUUUAUGGUUAUAGAGAAAUAUGGUCGUACAGAGAUUUAAUAAACGUUUUAGUGGGAAGUUUUA